AUGGAUUUUUUUGAUCCAGGGAAGAAACAUGCCGUCCUCUCACUUUUUACCUUCUGUGUUCUUAUCAAUUGUUUGUCUGCUGAAAUUGAAAAAAUGCGUUACGAUAGUCCCCUUGUUGUGGAAGAGAUUCAUGUGGGAGUGAUUCUUGAUAUGAAAUCAAGGGAGGGGAGGAUUGUCCUGAGCUGCAUUUCGACCGCCGUCGCUGAUUUCUACCAGCUGCACAAAAACUACAGCACAAGAGUAGUUCUCCACAGCAGGGAUUCCAAAGGAGAACCUCUACAUGCUCUAUCAGCCGCUCUUAAUCUUUUGAAUGUCAUCAAAGUGGAAGCAAUAAUUGGUGCACAAACAAGUAUGGAAGCACACCUUUUGGCAGAUUUGGGAGAAGCAGCUAAAGUCCCUGUGAUGUCUCUCUCUGAACCUAGUCCUCCUCCUCUCAACGACAAUAAAUACCGCUUCCGUAUUGGGAUCAUACCGGAUCAAACUUCUCUAGCUAUGGCAAUCAGCGCCAUUUUUGAUAUUUUCAAAUGGAAGGAUGUUACUCUUGUAUAUGAUGAGAACACAGAUUAUGGGAAAAACAUCAUUCCAGCUGUGGUCAAUUCCUUCCAAGAGACAAAUGUGCGUAUUGCACAUACAAGUUCCAUUGCUGCAUCCUCAACAAAUGAACAAAUCAUUGAAGAACUCCGUAAGUUAAUGGAAUUGAAGACUAAGGUAUUUCUCGUCCAUAUUUCACAUUUACUUGCGCCUCGUCUUUUCUUAAAUGCGAAAAAGUUAGGAAUGAUGAGUGAAGGGUACGUUUGGAUUUUGACAUCAAGUAGCAUGAAUUUCUUGCAUUCCAUGGAUUCUAAUGUGAUUAAGUCAAUGGAAGGAGUGUUGGGUUUGAAGUCACAUAUUCCAGCAUCAACCGGCCUCCAAAAUCUUACUUCAAGAUUGAGGAGGAAAUUUUACAUGGAGUAUUCCAAUAAGGAGGUAACUGAGUUAAGUCCUUAUGGAAUUUGGGCAUAUGAUGCAACUUGGGUUCUAGCAGAAGCAGUUGAAAGGACAAGGAGUAAAAAUUAUACUAAAUCAUUCUCCAAACAUGGAGUUGUGUUGCUUAGAGAAAUAUUACAAACGGGAUUUAAAGGUGAAUUAGUAGAAUUUGAAGCUAAAGUGUUUGUGUCAAACACUGAGGCCAAUGAGUGA